UCGGAUUCGAAUAAAAAUACGCCUCUAUUGAAAUGAAAACAGCUUCAGCUUCAGCAGCUUAAACAAGGCUACCCAAAAUAUACGCACCCCAUGUAGAUCACAAGGCUAGCUUAUUAAGCUCAAUAUGCAGCCGAACUUCGAUUUUCACCCCCUCAUUUCCGGGCAAUUGUCGCCGACGUUUCGCCUGGCCUGUUUUAUCAAAGGCAUGACUGUAUCGUCUUAGCUUCCCUUGAUACAUUCGAGACCCUCGUCGUAUCUGAAAUUCCCUACGCGCUAUACUCCUCGAACUGCCCCCUAUCCACUACUCUCACGGCCGUUCCAUGAUGACCAAAGAAAAAGAUGCGGCGCCAUCAGCACUCUUCCAGCAGGCUACUUACGAAAAUGAAGACCAAAAAGAUAAUUUAAGUGAUGCGGAAUACCGCAAACUCAUCUGGAAGCUUGACGUGCGGCUUCUCCCGCCGCUCUUUGUACUUUGGUUUAUCUCGCUAAUUGACCGGGUUAAUAUUGGCACUGCGCGGAUUCAGGGUCUCGAAAAAGACCUCGGCAUGGAUCCCAAAAGCAAUCAAUUCAAUACUGCCGUCGUAGUUGUCUUUGUUGGACUCAUUCUUGCCGAAGUCCCCAGCAAUUGGCUUGUCAAGCGGUUUGCGCCGUCCAUGGUGCUCUGCCUUGAAUGCAUCCUACUUGGCCUCUUCACAAUUGGGCAGGGCCUGGUACAAUCUUCCGGUGGACUCAUUGCAAUGCGCUUAAUAAUUGGCAUUUUGGAAGCCGGGCUGAUUCCUGGGUCCAUCUUUGUGCUCUCGGCAUAUUAUCCGCGCUAUGAGCUCCAGUGGCGGGUCAGCAUGCUUCAUGUUGGUAACGCCGUAUCGAAUGCAUUUGGAGGAUUGCUGGCGUUUGCAGUGGCGGGUAUUCGAUCGUCUAAUGGAUGGAAUGGAUGGCGAUGGAUCUUUAUCAUCGAGGGUGCCAUCACGAUUGCUGUGACUCUCGUCUGCUGGCCUUUUGUGUGCAACUGGCCGGCGACAGCAAAGUGGUUGAAGCCCGAGGAGAAGGACGCGUUGGAGCAUCGUAUUCGAAACGAGGGCAUCAUUGGGCGCAUGGGCACUCUCGACAGAAAAGCCAUAGUGCGAUGCAUAACGGAUUGGAAGGUGUAUGUGAGCGGCUUGAUCAUCAUCUGUAACAUCUCGAGCGUGUACUCUUGCUCUCUGUUUGCACCGACGAUUGUGCACGCGCUCAAACCGAAUUAUACGCCUCAGCAAGUUCAAGCCUUGGUUAUUCCCAUAUUUGUUGUUGCAUCCGCUGUCACGCUUGCUGUCGCCUACCUCUCUGACAAGCUCAAGCAUCGUGCCGGCUUUGCUCUUCUCGGCUGUCUCAUCGCCAUUAUUGGGUAUGUCAUCUUGCUCAACCAGCAGCAUGUAUCAGUGGAUGUCCGAUACGGUGCCUUGUAUUUUAUCGCUUCGGGAUCUUUCUGCUUGCUGCCAAGCGCGUGGAUUCUGCUACUGAACAACGUAUCUGGGUCCUACAAGACGGCGUUUGCCAUGGGCAUGGAGAUUGGCCUGGGCAACUGCGGUGGCUUUGUUGCAUCUCUGGUGUUUAACACGCCUCCUUACUAUUGGUCUGGGUUUAAGACGACCUUUUCGCUCAUGUGCGUCACAGCCGGUCUAAUCUGUGUGUAUGUGCUUGGCUUGUGGUGGGAGAAUAAGCAGAAGCGGGCGGGCAAACGUGAUUAUUUAUUGGCUGAAGAGGGCGAUAAUCUGGGCGAUGCGCAUCCCAAGUUUAUUUACACCUAUUAGGCCAAAACUUAUCAAUAACAACUAUUUAUCGACGAUUUUGUUGCAGGAAAACGCCUGUCGAGCGCCACUCAGGGGAACUUUCACAACGACAGGGCCUGUGGCUGAACGAUGCUGAUUGGAAAUGUCUACUCAGAGUGUAGCCAGAAUUUGAAGCCUAACCGAUGAUCUAGAAUUUUUCAUUUAUUUUUUCGAAAUAAUUAUUUGAUACUC